GGGGGGAGUGGUUAUCCCUCACUGACUGCCUGUAUAUAGAGAAGACAGACUCUGACAGAGCAGAUCCUGUCAUAGAGGGCUUGGAGAGAGGCUGACUUUUGUUUUUUAGCUCGCUCUACCUGUGAAUGACUUCCUGAGCGACACAUCAGCAAAGCUCCUGUCGGAUUACAAAACCCCAGAUUCCUCUCCACCUAAGAUUUAACAUGAAGCUCAUCCUGUUGACUGUGUCUUUGCUGCUCCUGCUGGUGGGAGAGGGUACAGCAGACAGAAUCCUGUCUAGAAGGACCAAGAGGGAGCUUGCCAGUCCUCUCCAUGUUGGUGGCAUCAGGGACCCAUUUGGUUCGUACUGCCAGAGGAGAGGAGGCUGCUGCCCGGGCAGAGACGACCUGUGCACGGAGCCCUACCUGGACACCAUCUGCUACUGUGACUUGUUCUGCAACCGCACUGUUUCUGACUGCUGUCCCGACUUCUGGGGUCACUGUUUAGGCGUGCAGCCACCUUUCAUUGGUGUCUGCGAGAGAAACGGAAACAGGUUCUUUACGGGGCAAACAUACAAAGAGAACUGCAAUUUAUGUACAUGUGGGACCUCAGGACGAUGGGAAUGUGAAGUGAACGCCUGUCUGAUGGAGUCUGACAUGAUCAAUGCCGUCAAUAGAGGAAACUAUGGGUGGAAGGCAGCCAACUACAGUCAGCUCUACGGCAUGACUCUGGACGAGGGCAUCCGGUACCGCCUGGGCACACAGAGACCCUCCAAGACUGUUAUGAACAUGAAUGAGAUCCAGAUGAACAUGGAUCCUCAGAAUGAUCGUCUGCCGCUCCACUUCAACUCAGCAGAGAAGUGGCCAGGGAAGAUUCAUGAACCGCUGGACCAGGGCAACUGUGCUGCCUCUUGGGCUUUCUCAACUGCAGCCGUGGCCUCAGACAGAAUCUCCAUCCAGUCAAUGGGUCACAUGACUCCUCAGCUGUCGCCCCAAAAUCUUAUUUCCUGUGACACUCGCAACCAGGGGGGCUGUGCCGGGGGACGCAUCGAUGGAGCCUGGUGGUUCCUCAGGCGUAGAGGAGUGGUGACAGAAGACUGUUACCCGUACCGACCCCCGCAGGAAACGCCAGCGGAGGUCGGCCGCUGCAUGAUGCAAAGCCGCUCGAUUGGCAGAGGGAAGAGGCAGGCCACGCAGCGCUGCCCCAACACACACAACUACCACAACGACAUCUACCAAUCCACGCCGCCCUACAGGCUCUCAUCCAAUGAAAAAGAGAUUAUGAAGGAGAUCAUGGAUAAUGGCCCUGUGCAAGCUAUUAUGGAGGUCCACGAGGACUUCUUUGUCUAUAAGAGUGGGAUCUACAAACACACUGACGUCAGCUUCACCAAACCUCCACAGUACCGCAAACAUGGCACGCACUCAGUCAAGAUCACUGGGUGGGGAGAGGAGAGAAACUUUGACGGGACAUCGAGAAAAUAUUGGAUUGCUGCCAACUCCUGGGGGAAGAACUGGGGAGAGGACGGCUACUUCCGCAUCGCUCGUGGGGACAAUGAGUGCGAGAUUGAAGCAUUUGUGAUUGGCGUGUGGGGCAGGAUCACGAUGGAGGACAUGCACAAUCAUCAUCACCACCAUCGUCGCCGACACAUUUAAAGACACAGCAGGUGUUAAAACCCUAUCAAGACCUUUGUUUUUUAUCCCAUCUAUAAUCAGGUGUUACCCCAGAGGACAACCACAUCAAGAGAACUUCAUCACUUCCCCUUGUCCCCCCAAGCUGGCUGGGACAGCCACAAAAUCAACCCCAGAGCCCCCAAACCUUCCCCUUUUUACUCCUUACUUUACUCUGGGGUCAAUACAACCCCUCCUCACCUCCAUCUUUAUGCUUUUAAGAGAACAACCUCCCCCAUUUCUCCUUUUAACUCAAGGUUUAUGGCACCAAAAACAAAGCAAAGCUAAGCUAAAGUUCUUCUACGUUGCCUUGCAAUCAAGCACCUCAGGUACCGACUGUUCCAAAGACCACACUUCCCAGAAUCCUCAGCAUUAAAAUCUGGUGAAACAUGUUCAUAUGUCAAGUUGGCUGAUGACAGAAGGAGAAGCUCAGUCUGAUCCUUUUUCAUGCUUUCAUGUGUCAACCUGAGCUUUUAGUCUUCUCUAGCUCUAAAUCUAUAAAUGAGACAGACCCAAUUUCAGAGGAGCAGCUUGGAGAAGAGGAAAUCUGAGAGGCCACAUUAUUAGACUUCAGACCCUUUCAGAGAGACACACCCAGCUUAACCGUGUAACAUGAUAAUAUAUCAUAGAUGACCUUCCUGACAUUCACCCGUCAGAAGAUAUAGUUUGGCCUCAGUUUUAGAGAGGACACACUUGUAUAGAUGUAGUAGCUGGGGGAAGUAGAGUUUCUCACACAUUCCAGUAAAAAACACCUAGAAUCUAACACUGGAAACAUGAGGCCAUUGGGAGUAUAAGAUUACAAAAACUCUAAGAUUUUAGGAUAUUUUAUAGCACCACUGACCAUGACCAACAAUUACAGAGAAUCAAAUACCUUUGGAUUUUUCAAGCGCUGUGUUGUAGUAAUGAAACAGGUUAAAUCCUGGCCCUUGUAAUAGGACAGUGUCAGUACAUAAAUAUACAUCAUCUUUUCUUUGCUGCAGGAGGAGUAAAUUAUUUUCAGCAGAGCUAGAUGAAGGAAAAAAAAGUCAUCACAAGCGAUGAGAAAGAUGAAAAUAAAAGCCAUGCUUUCACUCCUGACGCCACCAUCUCAUUAAAAGAAAAUAAAACCGCUGAGUGUCAAGAAGUUUAAAAGAUUGGAAAGAUAAAGAAAAUGAGUUGAUCUGACCACUUUGUGUAUAAUAGUCUUAAUUUGCUCUGUUCUGUUGUUCACUGUUACAAUUAAAGCUAAAGAUGUUAUUUUUUUUGUUGCAGUUAUAUUUUAAAGUUUUAUUUUACUACUCGUUUUAAGAUGUACUGUACGUAGUAAUGUUCAUAACACACUUAUCACACAGUUGCUUUUAUGCUUCUACAUUAGCUGUAACUGAUCACGGCGAGGAGGAUGAGGGGAAGGAUACUGCUGCUAAAUCCAGUCUGUGCUUUGAUACUUGUCUUUAGUUCAUGUAAUAAACGUGUAAGGUCGCUUCUAACUAACGCUGAAACACCGGCUCAAUCACACAGGUUGCAGAUAAGUUGUUCCACUUGUUUAUGUUCUCAUUUUUAUUAUUAUUUUUUUGUAUUUUUUUGCUAGAAAUUUAACAUUACACUUAUCAGACCUGUGCCUAUCUUUGCUACUGUGUCACAGCGCUUUGUGAUGUCGUUAUUUCAACUGAUAGCGGGGUGAUUGAGGGAUUUUCCGAUCUUUUACAGCCAGCCUCACUUGAAAAGGAAAACACAGUGUGUUAUUACCACUUACUGUGAAUAACAUCCUGGUGUUCUUCAACUGUAACUUCAAAAGGCUUUUCUAUUUCUGUAUCAUCAGGUCUUAUGAUAUUUAAGGUCUUUGUGUUGUCUCCUUUAGGUGUGAAUAGAUAGAAAGACAUAAAAGCAAAGAGAAAUAUCUGGACGGGCACGUGACGUGCAAUGUAGUGGAGGGGCUAUGGAUGGAUUAGAAGUUGUUGCAUAAUUCUUAUGCAAUCUUUGCUUUCUGUUUAAAAUAAGUGAAGGCAAGGAAGGAUAAAGAGCAGCCCAUCAACAUGAGAUGCACAACAGGUUUACAAUAAAUGACAAAACACAGAGAACAAUGUGAAACUGACCUCUUUGGCCUGAGGAGGAGAUUCUUUAAAUCUUUAUUUUCAUCUAAGUUGGGAAGCCUUUAACACUAACUUAUACAAGAUAUUUUAUGACCUCCCUGCUCAAGAGCAGCAUCAACGUGAGAUGAAUGAGUUAUGUAUUUGUGGGACAAACCGGGGGCCAUGUUCCCUAAAUGCACCUUAGGACUAAGAUGAUCCUAGCCUCAGCUUGAGGCUAGGAUCAUCUUAGCAUGAGAUGCUCUUGACAAAGGGAAGCAUAGUUCCAGACAGUGUAACUGGUGUGUACUGGGGCCUGAGAAAAGGAGACAAAUGAGUUUUUUCAUGUAGAGGAAAGUAGUGGAAUCUGACCAAAGCCGAAAUCAUUUCGUCUCCACUGUGCAGAGACAUCUUAACAUCACCGUUCAUUUAUUUACUUAGAUUAUGCUGUAUUAAUGAUCGUUCAGGUUAAUCUUUAACUUGGACCUAGAUCUUAUAUAUAGCAAUGAAUAUGUAGAGAAGAUGUAUUCUUAAAAAAAACCCUCGUAAAGCAUCCUCAAGGAAAUGUUCACAAACAACAUAUGUGCCAUGUUACUUCUGAUUAUUUUUACAUAAAGGUUCAGAUGGGACCAAUACUGCUAAAGAUUCUCACAUCUGUUCCAUAGAAAUUAACAUUACUUCAUUAACAUUAUUCUUCAACUACACAAUCUCUCCUCCAAAAACCCCCAGGCGUUGCAGCAGACAUCCACUCAGAAGUUGUGUAUUUUAUGUAAAAUGAACCACUUCAUAGUCACUGAUGUGUAGACUUUAUUUAUGACAAGAUGUGUAAAUUAUAUACUUUUAUUCUUCUUUGUUUUCCUGUGCAAUGUUUUAUUAUCUCUCUUUGUCUCUUGUAUUGUGUGCACUUAAUGCAAAACCACAUUAGUGUUCACUUGUGCAGCACAAUAAAGUCUUUCCAAAACUA